AUGACAGAGACAGAAGAAGUGGAUCGACAGAGCCUAGCGCAAGUAGGGCUCGAGACCAUGACGCUGUUCGCGAAGGCGAAAGGCAAGGCUACCUCCGUUGCAUCGCGGGGCUCAUUGCCAGUCGCUCGAAUUGCUGCUGAAGCCGACCGCUUCGAACUCUGGGCCGUAAACCUAGGCCUGUUCGUCUCCGGCCACGGGUCCCUGGAUUACCGAGUCAGGGAGGCAGAGAGUAUAAGUCGUACACUGCUCAGGUUUUUGAUGAGCCUCAAUGAGUCAUUAGCUGAAGUGCUUGAGUAUGGAUCUGAUACCGACGCCGCGAUCGAUACAGAACGGGAAAGUCCGGCCGGCAUCGCCAAUGUCGAAGUCCUGCAUGAGGAAACCGAUUCCGAUACUGACUUGCUCUUGGACGGCAUCAAAGACCCGAUUGACCGGCUGUAUAAGCUCGCGACUUGGAUACGUACGCCGUCAUCGAGAUUUGGUUCUGCGAAAGCACUUUGUUAUGAGAAAGCUGAUCCCGAGACCGGUGUCAAUCUCCUUGAAACCUUCGAGCAUUUUGACUACGACUAUGUCAGCUCGCUCUUUCUCGAAUACCAGAAGGUGCGCGCAAAAGGCGAGGUUUCGCCAUCGGAACCGGAGGGUAUAGAAGAAGGAAACGAGGGCGACAAUUUGUGGGAGCCGAUUCGGACGGUACUGAGAGAGCAUGCAGCUCAAAUCGAGAACAAGGCCGAGUCGUUCCUGGUAAGCCGUAUAGCUCGCGCUAAUGUUCGUCGACGACAACAGUUUGCCUACUGGAAACGGCACCAAGAGAAGCUACACCAACACUCUCAGGCCACGACAGAGGCAUUUGUGUCUCAUCCCGAGGAGAGAGAAACUCGAGUUGGUGACGAAGCAGGUGUCAAUCCCGAAGGUCACAUCUUGGAGCCCCGGCCCUGGGUCGCUCCUGCCCCAACCAUCACGACCGCCACCAACCUCAACAUCCAGAACCUGACGAUUCACGAAAACCGCACUGAGGUCACCGUCUCAGAAUAUGCUCCCUCAGUUUGGAAGCCAGGAAAAGAAAUCGUUGACUUCCCUUCUGCGCCAAACUUGUCACCAAGUGAAAAGUUCUUCGAGUGUCCUUAUUGCUUUAUCAUGUGCCCGAGGGCGCUUUCACAACCGAAAGCAUGGAGAGCGCAUCUCCUCCAUGAUCUACGCCCUUAUAUAUGCACUUACAAGGAUUGCAGGCAGGGCGAUCAACUGUACGAUCGGCGCCAGGACUGGGUCCAGCACGAGGUCUCAUUCCAUCAAGGAGUAUUUCGAUGUCCAGAGCAUCCCGACCUCACCUAUAACACGACCGAGGAGUUUCGGGGCCACUUAAGACACGCACAUCGCGAAUUUAGCAACAGUGUAUCAGGCACGGUUACGAAUCUUGCUAUUGUAUCGCCUCCCAUUAUUCCCGACAGACCCUGUCCAGUCUGUUCCUUAUCGCUCCUCACGGCCACCGAAUUACAAAAUCAUAUUGCUUUACAUCUGGAGCGGAUGGCCCUGUUCUCACUCCCACGGUCUGUUCGCACAGAGGACGACGAUGGCGAGGGCGACUCACAAAAAGCUAAUAUCGUACUCGAUGACUCUAGAGACGGUGACUUUGACGAACAUGAUGAUAAUGUGGCCAGAGCUGAGUCACCAGUUCACUCGCUGUCCGGAGCGGACUCAGGGCUAGACGCGGGCGAGCCAAUACCACUGCCGGAAGAGAUGAAAUGCUUGGAAUCCCGUUCAGAUGCUGGGACUGAGUCUGCCUUUAGGGUUGGUAUUAUAUGUACAGAUGCUGACGUGCUCAACGCACUGGUUUCAUUAACUUCGAUUUUCCAACCUGCUGCAUUUGAUGAGUCCGACGUCGUAUUUCACAGAUUACGGUUUGGCGAACAUCCUGUGGCUAUCCUCUGUUUAUCACCUGCCCAACUAGCAGAGGGCGCUGGCGUCGAGCUCAUGGUUUCAUCCUUCCCAUGUAUCAGAUUCGCUUUCUUGGUUUCGACGGCCGGGGGUGCGCCACAAUCUGUAAGGCUCGGAGACGUUGUUGUCCAGAAUGGUUCCACAUGGUGGUGGGAGCAGGUGAGAGGAAGAAAUAUGAUACACCAGGGAAAUGAAUCAAAGGUUCCGUCGACUGUAUUGAGGGAGCUAAUCGACUUCCUAAAGCGCAAUGAGGUGUUAGAUGCCGCGGAGGCGCCACCUGAAUUUUUUCUCCCGCGGGGAAGAUAUGCAAAACCGCUGGACUCAGACGAUAGAGUCUUCCAGCCGGGUUACACCCAUGUGAGAGGUGCAGACUGCACGAGGUGUGGCCCAGAAAAGCUUAUUCAACGAGAAAACCGGCCACCGCGCCUACAUUAUGGUGGCAUCGCUGCCGGGCCUCGCCUGAUGGAUGCUAUGCUGCGUGACCAUAUACAUCAGACAACGCAAGCCAUCUGCUUCGCUACCGAACCUGGGAUAGCACAGGGCAAGUACCCUUGUGUGAUUGUUCAAGGGAUUGCUGACUACGCGGACUCACAUCCCAUCGAUGACAGGUGGAGGCUGUACGCAGUGGGCUCGGCCGCUCUAUUUGUAUCCCUGGUUCUAAAAGAACUGAGCGCUGCAGCAGUGGAGCAGAUGCCAACAGCACGGGACGCAGCGGCGGAUGAAGAGGCGGAUGAAACACAGCGCAGAAAUGAGCUGGAAUUUGUAUACUCCCCCGCGCGCUUGGGACAAACGGGAAGAUUUGGGUACUUCUGA